AUAGCGAAAGACCCAGCUGGUGGCAAGAUUGCAGAUGUUGAAAAAGGAGAAGCCAGAGUAAGUAAUGGUUCGAGCCAUUUUCAAUUUCAGAACAUAGAUCUACAACGUGCUUCCAGCAAAGGCUCUGUACUUUCUUCUGCCGGAAAGAGUAAUGAAAAUGGUUUAAUGGAGUGUCCAUUAUGCUUUGCUGAAUUACCAAUGGAAUUUUUUCCUAUUGUUCAGUCUUGUCAUCAUCGCAGUUGUUAUGAUUGUUAUCAACAAUAUCUCAAAGUUGAAAUUUCUGAAUCUAGAGUUAAUAUAGCAUGUCCUGAAUGCUCAGAACCACUACAUCCAAAUGACAUUCGAAUGAUUUUAAAUGAUCAAACACAAUUGGAAAAAUAUGAAGAUUUUAUGGUACGACGAGUUCUUGCUGUGGAACCUGAUGCAAGAUGGUGUCCUGCUCCAAAUUGUAGCUUUGCAGUUAUUGCUAGUGGCUGUGCUUCUUGCCCAAAAUUACGUUGUGAACGACCAGGAUGCGAUUCCUAUUUUUGUUAUCACUGUAAAGCACGUUGGCACCCUAAUCAGACAUGUGAUGCUGCCAGAGCCCAACGUACUCAAUAUUAUGAACGUAGUUCAUCUCUGAGUUUUAGUCAGAGUGAUUCACAACAUAAAGAUGAUGUCAAACCGUGUCCAAGAUGUCAAGUCCUUAUUGUUAAAAUGGACGAUGGAAGUUGCAAUCACAUAAUUUGUGCUGUUUGUAGUGCUGAAUUUUGUUGGUUAUGCAUGAAAGAAAUCAGUGACCUUCAUUAUUUAAGUCCUUCUGGUUGUACCUUUUGGGGUAAAAAGCCAUGGUCUAGGAAAAAGAAAAUACUCUGGCAACUUGGAACUUUAGUGGGAGCACCAGUUGGAAUUGGUCUUGCUGCUGGAAUAGCUGUACCUGCUAUGAUUAUAGGUAUUCCAGUAUGGGUAGGAAAGGAACUGUAUACAAGAUAUGAAAAAGAUAACAAACAUAAGAGGAAUGCUUUUAUUGUUGGAGGAGUAACUGCAUCCGUCUUGGUAUCGCCCAUAUUAGCAGGCUUAGCCGUUGGUAUUGGUGUACCCAUUUUAUUAUUUUAUGUUUAUGGCGUAGUUCCUGUGUCCCUUUGUCGAAGCGGAGGUUGUGGCGUUUCUACGAAUGGUACGGGGGUGAGAUUUGAUUUCGAUGACGAAAAUGAGCUUAUGGGUUCUCUGAGCGCCCGAAAUGGUGGAGAUGCAGCAUCGAUAGAUGUUGCAAGUCAUCGAGGUGGUAACCCUUCGAUUGGAGAAGUUUCACUUUCGUUAGGUAGUGGGAGUCAGUUGGAAAAAUUAGGUCGUGAAAACGAUCGCGAGAGUGCCAGUAAUGUAGCUGUUGCUGGUACCAGCCUCGCAGGAAGUAUAGCUUCUAGUGUUCUUCCGGGAGGUCAGAGAUUGGAAGUUCAAGCAGAUGUAACGCCCACUCAACGAUUCAGUUUAUGUAGCGAAACAGCAUCGGCUGCAACCAGUUUAUCAGAGAAAUCUGUAAACGCAUCUAUUGCUUUGGAUGAUGGCGCAGCUUCUACGAGAGCUCUAGCAGGCUCUGUUUUAAAUUUUAAAAUGGAUGGAAGUUCGAUUAGUGGCGGCAGAAGUACCGAAGGAGAACAAGGAACAGGCUCUGUUGCAGGAGGUCACAUGGACUCAGCAGGUCAAGCUACUUCUUUGAGUUCCCUUGAAGAAGUAGCACCUGGUUUAGCGAAACGUGCUCGUCGCAAGCCGACGUUAGAUCGUCAAUGCAGUGAUUGCAGUAAUUGGACCGUCUGUGGUGAGGACGAAGGUUCUGAACGUGUUAGAUUCGAUGACCAUGUUAGUUUUAUCGAAGCAGAUCAAGAAGGGGUUGUUAACACGUGCGGAGUGAAUAGCCGAACUUCUGGAAGACGUAAACGCAAUACAGAGACAGAACAAGAUACAAAUGCUCAAAAGAGUACAAAAAAAUUCUAAUGGUGAAUGAAAGGUUGAUUCGGCAUAAUGUAUCAUGGAAAUGAGUCAAUGUUGCCACAUUGAGAAAUGUCUUCUUCCACAGUUCUACAGCAUCUACGGAUCUCGCAAAGCGAUUUUCGGUGAUAGAAGAACCGUUUCCUGUAGUAGUACAGAAUAACGGUGCUCGUUUUUUUACACCUUUCAAUAAAGGAUGUAGCAUUAAUAAUGCGGAAGAAGAUUUACGCUCUUAAAGGAACAAAGACUAAGCAUUUAUGUAAUAAUGUACAUGCGUCCUUUAAAUAUGAGACACGUAGAUGCGAAUUCACAUAUGUGUGUAUAUAUGUAUUUAAAUGUACACUCCAUGCGUACUGAAUUUACAUUAAUUUACAUUAAUGCUGAAUUUACUAUAUUUAUGCACACCGUGUCUAAUGCAUUAUGAAUGCAAUAUAGGGAACAAAUUAAUACUAACUUUGCAAAGCAAAGUACAUCGAAAUAAAUAGUAUUUGCAUUCAUAUUUCAAAAAUGCGUGCGUAUAAAUAUACAUAUAAUGUACGUAUGUGUGUAUAAGUGUAUAUACUCACAGGCCUCAAAUUUGUUAUAAAAAAGUUGCAAAUUAAUUUAACAUGGAUAAUUUUCAUUUUGUGCCAAUAUUUUGUUGAGCAAAGCUGAAUAUUGUUAUGCGUCAAAAAUUAUGU